UGUCAUUUACUCUGCCUUUUGAGCUCUUCUUAUUCUUAUCAUCUUCAUCCAAAAUAACAUACAAACAAUCCCAACAAUGACCAGCUUCACCAACCCCACAACUCUCUUUCACCCCCAAAACCUCCACCACCACCACCAUCAAAACAGGCCACUGCCACUCUCAUUAAUCCGAUCAUCAUUUUCCGGCGAAGAAAAACCAACCCACCAUCAUCAUCACCACCACCACCGUCGAAACAUUGUGACAACAUUGGUAGUCACUUCCAUAGCACUUGGGCUACACCAAGUCAGUCCAGUGGCACUAGCAGAGAGCUGGGGCACACGUUCAUUUCUAAGAGAACGUUUCUUCGAGCCGGGGUUGUCGCCUGAAGAUGCGGCGGCGAGAAUCCGGCAGACGGCGGAGGGACUGCAUAGCAUCAGGGAGAUGCUGGAAACAAUGUCUUGGAGGUAUGUGUUGUUCUACAUUCGACUCAAGCAAUCCUAUCUCUCUCAGGAUAUGCAAAAUGCCAUGUCUACUGUGCCCGAAAACCGCCGACAGUCUUAUGUCAAUGCUGCCAACGAGUUGGUUGACAACAUGGCCGAGUUUGAUAACUACAUUCGGACGCCAAAAGUUUACGAAUCGUAUGUAUACUAUGAGAAGACCCUGAAAUCAAUAGAUGACCUUGUCGCAUUGCUAGCAUGACUAGACAGUAAUGGAGAUUCAUCAGAGGCUCACAAUGAAUGUCAAUGUUUUUUUCCUGAGUAUUUUUUUGGUGGUGGUGGUUAUCUUGAAUACAUCAUAAAUGCUAUUAGCUCAGAAAGUUGUGUUCAUAAUCUUACCAAGAAAGUAAAUGUACAUUGUAAACUCUAUUUUUAUAUUGCGGGAUCACGCUUU